AUCUUGGAGAUGCCGUUGUUCAACAAGAAAUUCGAGUCGAAGCCCAUUCCAGCUCGUGUGAACCGCUGUAAUAUUGGUUUUCCAGUUGUUAACGAGGAAAUUGAAGAUUUUCGAAAUAUCUCCUUGAGUUUGGGCAACAAAGAGCUGCGCUUCGCUGACGGCAUUUGGAUGCAUUCGGCUCGCAAAGGGGAUGUGGAUGACAUGCUGCGUUUGAACAAGAAAUUUCGUGCCCUAGAGGAGGAGAAUAAUAUGUGCAAUUUGAAGAUAGAGGUUAUGCUGGAUUUGCUAGCUGAGCAUGCCACGGAGCUGAACGAGCUGAAGCCGAAGGACAAGUAGCUAAACUUCAAUUUGCCCGCGUGUCUAUAUUAAAGUCAAAUAAAGAGUGGGUUUUUUAUUCAAAUACAA